AUGGGUAUUGAGGCCACAAAUUACAGUUAUUUAGGAAUAUGGUACACAAAAGAUGAUCAAUCCAGGAGGGUAUGGGUUGCCAAUCCAAACACACCCAUCAAAAACAAUUCCGGAGUGCUCAGAAUGGACACUGCAGGGAGGUUGGUAAUCACCGCCGGAGGGACAACCAUCGUGGUGGUUUCCGACAAAAGCGACGCCAAUGCGGCUGCUACAUUGGAGGAUAAUGGGAACUUUGUGGCAAAGUUUUGA